AUGUCUCGACCUUCUUCAGUCUAUAGAUCGUCUGCCAUGUUCCGCCGUGGGUUGAGUGGCAGCAUCGCCCCUCAAACACCCAUGCAACAACUGCAACUGCAACUGCAACAACACAAUCAUCAGGAUAAUUUCCCAUUACUUGAUUUUAAAGAGAUUUCAAUUUGUUUACAAAGUUGUAAUUUCCGAGCUAGUGAAGAAUUAGUUUCGAAACCUUCAAGUCUGUACAUCCGUACGUUGUUCGAACAAGUGUUGGACUCCUUUUUGGGAGUUACCACUGAAAAUAUUGCGAAAAAGGCUCAACUUUUAAAUAAUUCUAAAGAUCAAAAUGUUGAUGAAUCAAUAGAUCAAGAUGAUGAUACAACAAAUUCAAUUAAAUUAUUGAUUCAACAUCGAAUUAUGUUUCAAUUUUUAAAUGAUUGUGGAGUUUAUGAUUUCACCUUGAUGGAUAUUAUGAGACCUGAACCAUUUAGAAUUAGAAGAAUUUUAAGUGCCAUUGUAAAUUAUGCCAAAUUUAGAGAGGAACAUUCGAUUGAUUGUGAAGAAUUACUUGGUAUAAGUGAAGCUAAUUUAGAGAAAUUAAACAAGGUAACCACCAAUAAAACUCAAUUAAAUGAUAAAAUUUUAAGAUUGAAAAGAAAAUUAGAAAUUGAUGAUACAAAUAAUAAAAAGGCAUCAUUAAAGCAAAUUAAUUCAUAUAAUUCUAAAAUUGAAAAUGAAUUGAAAAAAUUAAAGAAAGCUCAAGAAUUACUCACGUUGGAACAUACCAAAUAUAAAAAUGAGAAACUUCGACUUAUUGAAAAAUUAGAAGAUCAUAAUUAUUUAAUAAUAGAAUCCAAUAAGGAAUUAGAGAAAUUGAAGUCAUAUUUAAUGUCCAAUCCAGGAGUGAUCAGUAAAGUGAUCACAGAUUUGAAAUUAAAUUUGGAAACUGAUCAACAAAGAAUUGGAGAAUUAGAACAACAAAAUCGUAAUUUAUCAGUAUCACUGGAAUCUUUCCAAUUAGUUGAGCAAGAAUUAAAGCAUUUAUUCAGAAUCUUGGAAGAAAUCUUGAAUGAUUUAUCCAAGGAGGAACAAUCUUUGGAUAAACUUACCCGGUAUCAAGAGUUUAUGGAUCAACAAAUCCUUGAAGCCAGUGAUUUAAAUCGACAAACUCAACAAUUAACUAGACAAUUGAAUAAUAUAGAGGAAAAAAUCAAUCGAUUAAGAGAACAAUCGAGAGAAAGAAGUGAAACAAGUAAACGUCAAUUGAGUUCCUUGAAUGAAAGUUACCUUGAACUUUCUAAUGAACGGAAGGAAAAGGAACAAGAAUUGGAUGUAAAACGGACAUAUAUCUCUGAUUUGGAGAAGAAAAUGACCAUGAUAAAGAAAGAAUAUCAAGAUGAAGUUAAAGAUGCACAUCUUGGAGUGGAAAGAUUGAAUGCACAUGUCAAAUUGUAUCUUACAGAAAUGGGUAAAAAGGUUGAAAUGAAAGAUUAA